AUGGGAGUGCCCCUUCGCCUACGACGAGACCGGCGAGGACGUCCCCGAGCCGCCCGAGCAGGCGGCUCCGCCCGAGACCGACGAGGCGGGCCCGCACGGCGGCGCGGCUGCCGGAACCCCCCCCCUCCUGCUGUCAGUGCUCCAUCCUUCCUGGACGCCGACCCUGACGCGAGGCCGCCGCUGCGGACGGAGCCGCUGAAGGUGCAGCUGCGCGAGCGGCCGACGGAGGCCGUGGAGCCGAAGAAAGCGGCGCAGGACAAGAAGGGAGGCGGCGCUGCCGCGCCCCCCCCCGCGGAGGAGAGGGAGGUCGGGAAGUCCCCCGGGAAGCUGCGGUGGGUCGGACGGGUGCCCGUGGACGUGCGGCUGCGGGACCUGAUGCGCAGCGGCGUGAGGCUGACGCUGUGGCGGCGGUACGAGCGCAUGACAGACGAGGAGCGAAGGUUGCAACGGGAGAUGGAAAAACGAGAACUCGAAGCGAAAGAUAAGGCGGCUGGGAAGAAGCCCCCCGCGGACGCGGAGCCGGAGGAGGAGGAGCCGCUGCCGGAGCGCGCGCCGGAGCUGUUCGCGUCGGAGAAGCUCGCGGAGGGACGCGCAACGUUCCCGCCGCUGUUGCGGGGCCUGGGGAGUGACGUUGAGUCAGUCAAACUCAAGCUUAUACCCCUCCCCAAACUCUUCGACGAGAACGGGGUCAUGAUGGGGCUCGCCGAUCCGCGGCAGCCGAGGGAGCCGAUGGCGACGGUCGAAAUGACCAUGGCGCUGCACGGCAAGGCGGACGUGCAGGCGGAGGCCUAG